AUGAGUACUGCUCAAGGAAACAUCUUUCUGACGGCUGAAAAUCUUGCCUUUUCGCUUCCCCUCCUCCUAGUUUGCGGAACUUAUGCAUUUUUCAAGUUCGUGCCUCUCCAGUACGGAAUCCCUGUUUUGGGAGGGUUGGCAUUGCUAAUAAAGAUGCAAUCUCAGGUGCAAGCACAGCGUGACGAAAAACUAACAAAGAUGGACGACAAGGCCAUUGAUGAUUUGGCAAAUGAGCUUGAGGGGGAGGAAAAGAGCGACAAGGAUAACAAGAAGAAGUUGACCGCCAAAAAGAGAGCACAGGUAGAGCAGCGCCUUGCUGCAGAGCGCAAGCAAUAUGCUAAGCAAAACAAGAAGGGAAGUGCUGACGACGACGAUGGUGAUGAUUAUUUAGAGACCUUUGCCAAGGGAGGAACGAAGAAGAAGAAAUGA